GAGGAUGCUGCCAGCGGAAAAUGGCUGCUGCAACCUCAAGCCUAUCCUGAUACACCGAAACGACAUCAAGGUGGAGAGAGAGAGCGAGAGGAAGAGAGAGAGAAAGAGAUAAAAAGAUUAGGAAAAUGAGAGCAGAUACAGAGAGAGAAUGUGAGUGAGCCUGUGAGUGUUUCCUGAAAGGAGGAUAAAAAGAGAGAGAGAGGAGACCCUGGGGUGGGCUGCUGCAAGCGGCGGGCAACACCGAGCCAUGGAGGGCGAUGUGCGUGUUCGUGCAGUGGUGAUGACACGUGAUGACUCCAGUGGCGGUUGGGUGCCCCUUGGAGGUGGCGGCCUCAGUCAUGUGGUCAUAUGUAAAGGGCGGAGUCAUGACAGCAGGGGGCGGAGAGAAUACAUCAUACAUGGAGAGCGGCUGCGAGAUCGAGCACCGGUGUUGGAGUGUGCUGUGCAAAGGGGGUUAGUGUACAACAAGGUGAACCCCAUCUUUCAUCACUGGCGAGUAGAAGAUCGAAAGUUUGGCCUUACGUUCCAGAGUCCUGCCGAUGCCAUCUCCUUUGAGAAAGGGCUGCAGACUGUCAUAGACAAGCUUGACAGAGGCUCUGACUCUCCCUCGUCCUCCACACCAGAAGAGGCUGACACAGAGGAUGAUGGACAAGCUUCCCAUACAGGAAGUGAGUCGUCAUCCAACAGCAGAAAGGAGAUGCUUCCCAAACCCAUCACCAUAGUGACGAGCGAGUCUUCGUCUACCUGUUUUGUGCGGCCAGAGGAGUUUAGUUUUGGAUCCAGCCAUGCUGUCACCACUCAGACACCUGCUCAGAUCCACACCAGGCCGGGACAGCACCAGCUCUCACAAAUGACGGCUGUGUUGAAUCCGCCAGCGCCCCCACCCCCACCUCCUGCUCCACCUACUCCUCCUGUGGGUCCCCCAGCCUCAUCUCCUCUGUCCCCCCUCUCACCCACCAUUUCUCUGCUCGAGGAGGGAGACCUGCGCAGUGUGGACCCUUGCAAAGACCUGUGGGGUUCUCGAGGUUAUGAGGACUAUCGAAGGGCAGGGGCCACCAGGACUAUGGUUGGGGGGCUGACUGGGGGUGUGGUUGUCGGUGGUGGGGGGAGUCUGCAGGACAAGUCAGAGCUGUGCGUGGUACGCUUUGAGAAAGAGCUGGCAGGGGUGGGGACGGCAGGCUGCGACGUGACAGUGAGCUUGGACAGUAAAGCUGCCCAGCGGUUAUCCUCAUCGUCACCCACCUGUAUGUCCAUGCCCAACGCUGUGUCAGGCGUGUCCUCAGGUGCCGGCUCACCCCAGGAGACAGGCAAAGGCUCGCCCUCUCCCUGCUGCAUCCACACCUCAUUGGCCACGCCCCGGUCGCGGACUCGUAAGAGAGGAGGAGGGGCCAGCAGCGGCGGCGACCCUGGGGUAAUCUCCCCCGACGACGACAGCCCAUGUCCUCAGGCUUCAUCGUCAUGCUCAUCACGUUGUGUGUACUGCCGCUCUGUUUUCAGCGCUUCAGAAAAUGGGCGGGGCCGCUGCAGAGAUGCCCCUGACCCGGCCCUGCACUGCCUGCGCCAGUGGACCUGUGUGUGGUGUGCAGAAAGUCUGCUCUACCACUGCAUGUCGGACUCUGAGGGAGAGUUCUGGGAGCCUUGCUCAUGUGAUGACUCGAUGGGGGGCCACCCGCACCCCCUUUGCUGUGCCCGCUGGUUGGCCCUCCUGGCCCUGUCGCUCUUCGUGCCCUGCAUGUGCUGCUACCUGCCUUUGCGCGCCUGCCUGCGGUGUGGAGAGAGGUGUGGCUGCUGUGGGGGAAAGCACAAGGCAGUCCGAUGAGGCCAGGCUAGGGGGUGGGAGGGGUUCCCCGGACCAAGGAGGUUUGGAUGUUGAGAGGAGAGAGCAAGAGAUGGAGUUAGCAGGUGGAACAGUGCUCUCAGUAGACCCAGACCUCCGACGUGGCCCUCCAAAACCCCACGGCCUUCCACUGCAUUCCGCUCUGUCUCUUUUCAACCCGGGGCCUUCCUCACUGGUCCUUGCCUGCUGAGGGUGCACUACACUCAGACCAGGCUCUGUGGGAGUCAUCUGGAGCCUUCAUAGUGGAUUUACUGAGGGUUGGCUGAUCUAGAAUUAGCAGUCAGAGACUAUAUCACAAGAAGAGAGUGGCAGAGGCAACGAUGAUGUGUACACUGUUUCAAAUGUCUGUUUUUUUAUUUAGAGAGAAAAACACAAAAAACUAAAGAUGUUUAUAUAUAUGAUUGUUAUAAUUUUAAUUGGUAUAUUUUACUAAAUGUAAAACAUAUUGACCGAAUCCCCCAGUGGCACACACUAUCACGUAUUCACAAACAUGAGAUCUUGAGGAAGUUAUUCGUUUCAUGUUGCCCUGUUUAUCAGUCAGAUGAGCAGAUGUCACCCUUUACCUCUAAUUUUUACCUCAGAUGUUACUCAGCCCUGGUUAAGAAAUGAAAAAGAGGAAGGGGAGAGAGUGAGCAUGAGUGAGUGCAGUCUUCAAGAAAGUAUGAGCAUCUGAGACCACUAGUGUUGUCUUUUGGUUAAAGUAGUAGACCACAGUGGAAGAAAGGUUAUCAAAUGCAAAGGGACAAUUAAUGUUAAGGGAAGUUGCAAUGACAACCACAAAGACUUAAAAGUCAUAAUGUGAUUCAUUAUGGUCCUUUGUAACCAAACACAAGGUUAUUUUUGUUUUCUAAAAAAAAAAAAAAGUAAAUCAAGAAUGUGUGUCGACCAUUAUACACCCUCACUUACACAUAUUUUUUCAUCUUUCAAUCCAUGUAUUUUCAAUAUUAAUCAUAGACGACAUCACAUCCCACCACUGUACUUGUUGAAUCAGUCAAGGUGCUUACAACUGAGGCCUCUGAGCGAGUCUAUUCUACCUAAUGUACACAACGACCGUACAGUCCCAACCCCAAAGAUAAACAAAACAGGACCCCACGCUUACCAAUCUGUAGAUGUGUCUAGGCCUUUGAAUGAGAUGCCACCAAAAAAAAAGAAAAAAAAGUUAAGUGCAAUGAACAAUGUAUUGAAAGAGUAUUUUUGUACCAGUCAUUCACGUUAGGAAAAACUAAAUCAAAAAGUGUUCGAAUUGAGUGUUAUUGUGUUCGAUAUCAAGCAGAAAUGAUAAAUAGGAACACAAACUUGUCUUUGAGCAGCAGCACGUAGCUCACAGGUGUGACAUUUAAACGUGCGUGCUGUAGACUGUUGACCCUGUGACAAGAAAAGAGAGGCGUUAACUUGAAAAAUAUGAACGGCGGUAGAUCUUUGUUUGGGCACAGUGGCAGAUAUGUUUGCUGAAUGUUGCUUUAAGUAUGAAGUCAAAAAGCUGCUAUUUUAAGUCCUGUCCUAACCCUAUUCAAGCUUUCCCGCUGCCUCUUAGCAAUCCAUGAGGUGGUGUGGCAGAGUCAAACAAUCCCUCAAGUUUUUAUCCCAUUCAAGGUGCUGAGGAAGCUAAAUCAUGUGUGAGGACGGCUUUUGUAAACUGGGCUUAAAGAUAAAUUCACCACAAGACAUUUUUUAAAAAUGCGUCUGGUGAUGUACCUUGCAUUACUGCAUCUAUUUUGCUGAUUGGUCGUAUAUUUUUCUACUUUCAGUGAAUAACUGGCCAAGGGUAGAGUAAAAGCUAUUACUAUCACAGCUCCAAAAGAUUUUGUUAACAGAAUGGUUUUUCAAAAAUCUUUAAGGUCCAGUGUGUAGGAUUUAGGGGGAUAUAUUGGCAGAAAUUAAAUAUAAUAUUUACAACUAGGUUUUAAUUAGUUUGAUUGCCUGAAACUAGGAGUCGUUGCGUUUCCAGUACCUCAGAAUAAACUGUUUGUAUCUACAUACAGAGCGGGUCCUCGUCAUAGACUGUGUAAAAUAGUGGACAUAGCUACAGAAGUAACCAUAUCUGGAUGAGAGGCUGGAGCUGUGGGGGAAUGAGGGGUGAAUCUGACUGAGAAGCUGAGGACACUGUCUGUCACUCAGAGUGGCCAGCCCUUAGUUAUGCGUAACUGUAAGCCUUAAUAAAAUGUAAACGAGUGAGUUAUUUAAAAUUUUACCCCCUGUACAGUUGUCAUGAAGAGGGAAAUUAGCUACAGAAACCAAAACUGUUUUUCAUUCCAGGCUGUAAACAUUAUUAAUUUUUAUUUCUGCUGUAAAUUUGGGCAUUUUAAAAUGGGGGUGUAUGGGGAUUGACUGGCUUCUGGAGCCAGACUCAAGUGGCCAUUUAUAGAACUGCAAUUUGUGGCACCUCCACGGGGGUUUCAAUUUUGAGCCCUUGAGGUUGCCGCUUGGUCCUCUUCCACGGAGUUUGCCAUGUUGUUUCUACAGUAGCCCGAAAGGGCCAAAUCAAACACUGGCUUGAGACAGGGUCAUUCACGUUUUCACUUCGGCCACUGUAGCUCUCACUUGGCACAUGGGAGAAGUUUCAGAUGGUUGCAGUCUCCAACCGGACCACUAGAUGCCACUAAAUUCUACACACUAGACCUUUGAUAUGUCAACAUAUUCAAUGAAUCAAAGAGCAAGGCCCCUUUAUUCAGCCUCUCCACACCGGAGUUUAACAAUCAUGCAAGGUAUAUUAUAGAAGGGGCACAGAAAUAAGUUACUCCGCAGAAAUUUGCCUCUUGACCAAAAUGCAAUGCAGCCACAUGAUUAGCGAGAUCACUUUUUUUUUUUGUUGACCAAAAAAAACUAAGGCUCUUACAUCCCUGUAUCUUUAGUUAUUGGUCUUUUAACUGACAUGAAGAACCAACUACCGAAUGCAACAAGCUCAAGAUUUUCAAAAAAAAAAUUAAGAAAUCUGUAAGCAAGGUAAAUGUUGAUUAUACAGGUUGAAUGAAAAUGGGAACACUGGAAAACAAAUUACAGCAUAUAAUCUUAAAAUAACACAUGAAAUGCACUGAGCAGCACAGAAUUAUGAUAUACUAACAGUGUAAGAGAAUCUGUGGGGGGAUUUUCACCGGGAAUACAUACAAUAUGCUCUGUAUAAGGAAACCACCUGGUAGACCUUGAAUUAUGUUAGAAUGAACCUUUCAGAAGCUUCACCAGAUUAUUUACAUUUUAGGUUUAGCCAAGAACUUUUAUCCAAAGUGACUUAAAGUGAGUGAACAGGCAGUACUUAGGGUUCAGAGUCGGGGGAUACAACUGCUGAUGAACACGACUCCUGACCUCUCGGUUAUGGGACGCUCAUCUUCACUACUAGGCCAGCCUGCCAACAGUGUUGGUCCACUUAAAUAAAAAAAAAAAGACAUGCUGUCACAAUAGCAGGAAACACAAACUCAGUCGGUCACUAGACUGCCAUUCCCUGAUCCUAAAUUAACCCUUCGUCCUGCACACACACAAUCCCCACAAAUCUGCAAUGCAUAGACGUGCACACAGACACACACGUUCACUUGAUGGUGCAGAUAUACAGAACUAGUAAAGCCAUUGCACACAGUUUGCUACUUCUGGUCCAGAAAUGGUGUUAGAGUACAGUACUGACAGUCAUGCGAUCACUAUUGCAGGCCCCAUUCUUACAUCUUAAUAAAUGUGCCUUUUGAUUUGAGUAAUCAAUAACUUAUGAUUUCUAAGUAACUCUGUGUUAAGUACUAUUUACUUUUUGGGUUAUUGAUUUCUGCCAAUGUGCAUAUUUUCAAAUGUACGUAUUUAUUAGUUUCAAAGUAAUUAAUGAGAUAUUACCUGUUUAUUUAUUUAUUGAGAUAUUUAUUCUGAUUCUUUAUUUUUUUGAGACAGGUUUUUAUCUUCCGUGCUGUCUUACUUCUGACUUUGUGCCAAUGUGCUGCUUUGAGGUGUUACAUAUCGUGGGUUUGUAUCAUUAUUAAACCCUCACUCUAUAUUUUAAAUCAGUGUCUACUUCUCUCUCACGUCUGCAUGUCAUUAACUCACUGUGCCUUUUCCAAAACACUGUAUGAAAGUUGUAUUCGAUAAUUAUUCCACAAUGCUUUCAAAGGAAUUUGAAAAAAAAAGAAAAAGAAAAACAACUAUGAAUGUGUUCAUUUG